CGCCCCGCGGGUCGCCGGCAGCCAGCAGACUGCCGCGCUGCGAGCAACAGGAGCCUGCGAGCGGCCCACUCCUCCCACCUCCUCCGCCUGCCUCCUCCUCCUCCCCUUCGCUCCUCCCGCCCCCACCUCUGCGUGUGCGGCGGAGUCGCCCUCUCCCUGCCUCUUUCUCCCGCUCCCGCUAGCUCGUCUCUCUCGCUAAUACUUCCCCCUGCUGUGCUCCGGGGAAUCCAAGCAUUCUUCGCGCUAACCUUAGGGACCAAUGGUGCUCGAAAAGCCUCGGAAAAGCUGCUUUGGGCAGUGAUAGUUGGAAAGCCCCUCGUCCCUUCCCCCUCUCCCGGGCGCAGCCAGUGCCCGCCUGCAGCACCUUCUCGCUCCUGCACACUCUGUUUGGGAGGACGGGGUGAGAAGGUGAAGUGGAAAGAACUGCAGAGCAGAGGGGGCCAGUCUCAGAGCUCAAAUUUCAUUUUCAUUGAAGCAAAGCACAGAAGAUCAUUUUUUUCUAUUUUGCAUUUUUCCCUUUUCUUUUUUUUUUUUUUCCUUAAACUUAUUUUGGGGGAGGUUUGCUCUGGGCAUUUGCUUUGCCCAGUAGUUGGAAAGUGAACUCGACUCGUGAUGGUUCUCCUGUCACUUUGGUUGAUAGCAGCCGCUCUGGUAGUGGUUAGGACUUCAGCUGAUGGACAAGCUGGUAACGAAGAAAUGGUGCAAAUAGGGUUCAACAAUUCUGUUUUUCACCCCACAGAUUUACCAGUAAAGAGAUACAGAGAGUAUGAGUUGGUGACUCCAGUGAGCACAAAUCUAGAAGGACACUAUCUCUCCCAUACUCUUUCUGCGAAUCACAAAAAGAGAUCAGCGAGGGACGUGUCUUCCAACCCUGAGCAGUUGUUCUUUAACAUCACAGCAUUUGGAAAAGAUUUUCAUCUGCGACUAAAGCCCAACACUCAACUAGUAGCUCCUGGGGCUGUUGUGGAAUGGCAUGAGACAUCUCUGGUGCCUGGGAAUAUAACCGAUCCCAUUAACAACCAUCAACCAGGAAGUGCUACAGAUAGAAUCCGGAAAACUGAGCCUUUGCAGACUAACUGUGCUUAUGUUGGUGACAUCGUGAACAUUCCAGGAACUUCUGUUGCCAUCAGCAACUGUGAUGGUCUGGCUGGAAUGAUAAAAAGUGAUAAUGAAGAGUAUUUCAUUGAACCCUUGGAAAGAGGUAAACAGAUGGAGGAAGAAAAAGGAAGAAUUCAUGUUGUCUACAAGAGAUCAGCAGUAGAACAGGCUCCCAUAGACAUGUCCAAAGACUUCCACUACAGAGAAUCGGACCUGGAAGGCCUUGAUGAUCUAGGUACUGUUUAUGGCAACAUCCACCAGCAGCUGAAUGAAACAAUGAGACGCCGCAGACACGCGGGAGAAAACGAUUACAACAUCGAGGUACUGCUGGGAGUGGAUGACUCUGUGGUCCGCUUCCAUGGCAAAGAGCAUGUCCAAAACUACCUCCUGACCCUGAUGAACAUCGUGAAUGAAAUUUACCAUGAUGAGUCCCUCGGAGUGCAUAUAAAUGUGGUCCUGGUGCGCAUGAUAAUGCUGGGUUACGCAAAGUCCAUCAGCCUCAUAGAACGCGGAAACCCAUCCAGAAGCUUGGAGAAUGUGUGUCGCUGGGCUUCCCAACAACAAAGAUCUGAUCUCAACCACUCUGAACACCAUGACCAUGCAAUUUUUUUAACCAGGCAAGACUUUGGACCUGCUGGAAUGCAAGGAUAUGCUCCAGUCACCGGCAUGUGCCAUCCAGUGAGAAGCUGCACCCUGAAUCAUGAGGAUGGCUUUUCAUCGGCUUUUGUAGUAGCCCAUGAAACGGGCCAUGUGUUGGGAAUGGAGCAUGAUGGACAAGGCAACAGGUGUGGUGAUGAGACUGCUAUGGGAAGUGUCAUGGCUCCCUUGGUACAAGCAGCGUUCCAUCGUUACCACUGGUCCCGAUGCAGUGGUCAAGAAUUGAAAAGAUAUAUCCAUUCCUAUGACUGUCUCCUUGAUGACCCUUUUGAACAUGAUUGGCCUAAACUCCCAGAACUUCCUGGAAUUAAUUAUUCUAUGGAUGAGCAAUGUCGUUUUGAUUUUGGUGUUGGCUAUAAAAUGUGCACUGCGUUCCGAACCUUUGACCCAUGUAAACAGCUGUGGUGUAGCCAUCCUGAUAAUCCCUACUUUUGUAAGACUAAAAAGGGACCUCCACUUGAUGGGACUGAAUGUGCUGCUGGAAAAUGGUGCUAUAAGGGACACUGCAUGUGGAAGAAUGCUAAUCAGCAAAAACAAGAUGGCAACUGGGGGUCAUGGACUAAAUUCGGCUCCUGUUCUCGGACAUGUGGAACUGGUGUUCGUUUCAGGACACGCCAGUGCAAUAAUCCCAUGCCCAUCAGUGGUGGUCAGGAUUGUCCUGGUGUUAAUUUUGAGUACCAGCUUUGUAAUACAGAAGAAUGCCAAAAACACUUUGAGGACUUCAGAGCACAGCAGUGUCAGCAGCGAAACUCCCACUUUGAAUACCAGAAUGCCAAACAUCACUGGUUGCCAUAUGAACAUCCUGAGCCCAAGAAAAGAUGCCACCUUUACUGUGAGUCCAAGGAGACUGGAGAUAUUGCUUACAUGAAACAACUGGUGCAUGAUGGAACGCACUGUUCUUACAAGGAUCCAUAUAGCAUAUGUGUGCGAGGGGAGUGUGUGAAAGUGGGAUGUGAUAAAGAAAUUGGUUCUAAUAAGGUUGAGGAUAAGUGUGGUGUCUGUGGAGGAGAUAAUUCCCACUGCCGAACCGUGAAGGGGACAUUUACCAGAACUCCCAGAAAGCUUGGGUACCUUAAGAUGUUUGCUAUACCCCCUGGGGCUAGACAUGUGUUAAUCCAAGAAGACGAGGCUUCUCCUCACAUUCUUGCUAUUAAGAACCAGGCUACAGGCCAUUAUAUUUUAAAUGGCAAAGGGGAGGAAGCCAAGUCGCGGACCUUCAUAGACCUUGGUGUGGAGUGGGAUUAUAACAUUGAAGAUGACAUUGAAAGUCUUCACACGGACGGACCUUUACAUGAUCCUGUUAUUGUUUUGAUUAUACCUCAAGAGAAUGAUACCCGCUCUAGCCUGACAUACAAGUACAUCAUCCAUGAAGACUCUGUACCUACAAUCAACAGCAACAAUGUCAUCCAGGAAGAAUUAGAUACUUUUGAGUGGGCUUUGAAGAGCUGGUCUCAGUGUUCCAAACCCUGUGGUGGAGGUUUCCAGUACACUAAAUAUGGAUGCCGUAGGAAAAGUGAUAAUAAAAUGGUCCAUCGCAGCUUCUGUGAGGCCAACAAAAAGCCGAAACCUAUUAGACGAAUGUGCAAUAUUCAGGAAUGUACACAUCCACUCUGGGUAGCAGAAGAGUGGGAACACUGCACCAAAACCUGUGGAAGUUCUGGCUAUCAGCUUCGCACCGUGCGCUGCCUUCAGCCACUCCACGAUGGCACCAACCGCUCUGUGCACAGCAAGUACUGCGUGGGUGACCGCCCUGAGAGCCGCCGGCCCUGUAACAGAGUGCCCUGCCCGGCCCAGUGGAAAACAGGACCCUGGAGUGAGUGUUCAGUGACCUGCGGUGAAGGAACGGAGGUGAGGCAGGUCCUCUGCAGGGCUGGGGACCCUUGUGAUGGUGAAAAGCCGGAGUCAGUCAGAGCCUGUCAACUGCCUCCUUGUAACGAUGAGCCAUGUUUGGGAGACAAGUCCAUAUUCUGUCAGAUGGAGGUGUUGGCACGAUACUGCUCCAUACCAGGUUAUAACAAGUUAUGUUGUGAGUCCUGUAGCAAGCGCAGUAGCACCCUGCCACCACCAUACCUCCUAGAAGCUGCUGAAACUCAUGAUGCCAUCUCUAACCCUAGUGACCUCCCUCGAUCUCUAGUGAUGCCUACAUCUUUGGUUCCUUAUCAUUCAGAGACUCCUGCAGAGAAGAAAUCUUUGAGUAGCAUUUCUUCAGUGGGAGCUCCAAAUGCAUAUGCUGCUUUCAGGCCAAACAGUAAACCUGAUGGUGCUAAUUUACCCCAGAGGAGUGCUCAGCAAGCAGGAAGUAAGACUGUGAGACUGGUCUCCAUAUUAUCCUCCCCACAAACCAAGAGGGGCCACCUCAAUUCAUCAUCACAAAUGGCUGCUGCUUCCUACCUUGCAGCCAGUGAUUCAAUAGGUGCUUCUUCUCAGGCAAGAACCUCAAAGAAAGAUGGAAAGAUUAUUGACAGUGGACGUCCGACAAGAUCAUCCAACUUAGGAAGAUGAGAAAGUGAACCAAAAAGGUUAGAAACCAGAGGAAAACCUGGACAACCUCCCUCUCCCCAUGGUGCAUAUGCUUGUUUAAAGUGGAAAUCGCUAUAGAUCGUCAGCCCAUUUUAUCUGUAAAUGGAAGAACAGAAAGUGCUGGCUCACUUUCUAGUUGCUUUCAUCCUCUUUGUUCUGCAUUGACUCAUUUACCAGAAUUCAUUGGAAGAAAGCACCAAAGAUUAUUACAGAAGAAAAAUAUGUUGCUAAGUUUGUGUUGGUCACUCUCUGAAGCAGAAAAGGGACUGGAACCAAUUGUGCAUAUCAGCUGACUUUAAAGUUUUAGAAAAAUUACAGCAAAAAUAAAAGAGAUCCAAUGGUUUACACUUUAACAAGAAAUUUUGGAUAUGAAGCAAAGAAUUCUUAGACUUGUAUUCCUAUUUAUCUAUAUUAGAAAUAUUGUAUGAGCAAAUUUGAAGCUGUUGUGUAAAUACUGUAUAUUGCAGAAAUCAGUAUUAUUUUAAGAGAGGUGUUCUCAAACGAUUGUUUACUAUAUUACAUUUCUGGAUGUUCUAGGUGCCUGUCAUUGAGUAUUGCCUUGUUUGACAUUCCAUAGGUUGAUUUUCAAAGCAGAAUUAUUACAAAAGAUAAAAGUUAGAAUUACUUACAGCUACUGACAAUAUAAAGGGUUUUGAUCAAUCAACAACGUGAUAUGUAAAUUAUAGAAAAAGAAAAAAAAAACAAAAGCUAUAGAUAUACAGAUCUCAGCUUAUCUAUUGCCUUCUAUACUUAUAAUUUAAAGGAGUGGUGUUUUAAGACACUUGUGGUCACAGGGAUCAAAGAAUAGUAAAUGAACCUAUGUGAGAUAAAACUGAAAUCUUCUUACCAAGACCUCAGUAGGCACCAUUGAGGUGUCCUUUGUUUUUGUGUGUGCGUGUUUUUUUUUUUUUUUUUUAAAUUUUCCCAUUGUUGACAGAUACAAACAGUUAUACUCAAUGUACUGUAAUAAUCACAAAGAAACAAGUUUUGGGAUAACUUAUUUGUAUGAUGGUAGCUGAGAAAAGUAUCAUCAGUCUAGAAUUGCCAUUUGAGUAUAGUAGAGGUGUGGGGCUUUAAAGACACAUUCAAGAAUGCAUUUGUUGAUGGUUAAGAUAUUUAUUUUCCAGUGGUUCAUGUUCAAAUGUUCACAACCACAAUGCAUCUGACUGCAAUAUUGUGCUAAUAAUUUAUAUCAAUGGUCACCUUACUCACAGCAAAGCCAGAAAUGCUCUCUCCAGGGCAUAGAUGUAAAGUACUUGUAUAUAGAAUUCAGAACCGAAGAUAUUUAUUAAAAGUUGAUUUUUUUCUUGAUAGUAUUUUUAUGUACUAAAUAUUUACACUAAUAUCAAUUACAUAUUUUGGUAAACUAGAGAGACAUAAUUAGAGAUGCAUGCUUUGUUCUGUGCAUAGAGAAGACCAUUAAGCAAACUACUGCAGCCAACUCAAAAGCUAAAACUGAACAAAUUUGAUGUUAGGCAAACAUCUUGUAUUUUUAGUAGUUGAUAUUAUGUUGAUGACUUGUUCCCCUUCAAGGAAACAUUAAAUUGUAUGGACUCAGCUAGCUGUUCAAUGAAAUUGUGAAUUAGAAACAUUUAUAAACAUUUUUGAAAGAGAUAAAUGCUUUAUGAACUACACAUAAAUGAGAGGAGAUAGAUAAGUGUUAUCAGCAUAACGAUUUUGAGGUCAGUACCUGAGCUGUCUAAAGAUAUUAUGCAAACUAAAAUGUAGAUAUAGUAACCUCUCAAAGGAUAGAAUGUGCAAGAACUUUUACAUUUUAAUCAUUGUAAACUAACAGCUUAACAUGUUGACUCUAUACCUCUAAAGAAUUGCUGCUACUUGGUGCAAGAAUUUUGAAAGUCAAAUUAGUCGAAUUCCAGAUAGUAAAACAAUCCCUGAGCCUUAAGUCUCUUUUAUUUAAUUCCCAUAGAAUAAAAUCUCUCUAGUUUACUUGUGUGUGCAUACAUCUCAUCCACAGGGGAAGAUACAGAUGGUGACACAGUUUCCAAAAAGAUGUACAUAUUCAUUAUACUUCUGACCUUUGAGCUUUCUUUUCUACUAAGCUAAAAAUUCUUUUUAUCAAAGUGUACACUACUGAUGCUGUUCGUUGUAUUGGGAGCACGUAGCAAUAAAAAUAUUAAUAAAAUAUAGAUCUGGCUCUAUCUAGAUUUUAUCAUUAGAUUCAUCAUGGGGUAACGGAAACGUGUUAUUUCCUACUACACAGUGAAAUAGCAUCAAAUGUAUUUUCUACUUGUACUUGCUUGAAAGACUCUAGUGACUGUCUCCUUUUUUCAUAUCAGGGUAUAUUACAAUAUUUUUAAAAGAAUAAAACAUUAUUAAAAAGUAAAAAAACAAAAA